GCGUCUAAAAUUUCCUGACUCCAGUAGUAGCGGUUGACGCCUUGCGCACACUCACACUUGCACUACUACACUCUCACGUCGUGUUUGUUGUUUGACACAUCCCGUUCCCUGCUUGUCAAGACGACUCGCUGCAAUGGGUGCGCCUAUAAUGCACCUUGCUUGUUUGCUAAUUUUCUCGCUAUGCUGCUCAAAUUUUGCUCUUGCUCAGAGAACCCCAACGAUUUCUUACAUUUCCCAAGAGCAAAUCAAGGAUAUUGGAGGCACAGUUGAACUUGUGUGUUCUGUGCUUUAUGCCUCUGACUACCCUGUUCUGUGGAUGAAAGUUGACCGUUACAGACAAUCUGACCCUUUGCCCAUUUCAACUGGUAGCUCUCUCAUUAUUCGAGACUCCCGGUUUGCUAUCCGUACUGACCAACAGAGUUCAACGUACACACUGCAGAUAAAAGAUAUUCAGGAGACUGAUGCUGGCUAUUAUCAAUGCCAAGUCAUUAUUUCUAUAAACAACAAAAUCUCUGCCGAGGUAGAACUGCAAGUUCGACGACCCCCUGUUAUUUCAGACAACUCAACUCGUUCAAUUGUUGUCAGUGAAGGACAGCCUGUGCGCUUGGAGUGUUAUGCCAAUGGCUGGCCAAUUCCUCGUAUAUCGUGGAGGCGUGAAAAUAAUGCUAUUCUGCCAACUGGUGGUUCUAUUUACAAAGGCAACGUUAUGAGAAUUGCUCAAAUUCGCAAAGAAGAUCGUGGAACAUAUUAUUGUGUUGCUGAAAAUGGAGUUGAGAAGGGUGUGAGACGCAACAUAGCUGUUGAAGUUGAGUUUGCUCCAGUAAUUACUGUUCCUCGACCCCGACUUGGCCAAGCCCUUCAGUAUGACAUGGAUCUCGAGUGCCAUGUUGAGGCCUACCCACCUCCCGCAAUUGUCUGGGUCAAGGAUGACAUCCAAUUGUCCAACAAUCAGCACUACAGUAUUUCUCAUUUUGCUACUGCCGAUGAGUUUACUGACACAACCAUCCGUGUGAUCACGGUUGAAAAGAGACAGUAUGGACAGUAUGUGUGCAAAGCUGCAAACAAACUAGGAACUGCAGAGAAACAAGUAGAGCUGUUUGAAACUAUCAUUCCCAUUUGUCCCCCGGCUUGUGGAACAGGCAGAUACGCUGGUGGUGCUGAUGCUAUUACAACAAGUGUUGCACUUGUUUUCAUCUCUGCUAUUCUUGUCCUUUUCCAUCGAAACUUCAACUCCAGACAUUAGACACAGGUUCUUAGUAUCAAAAAAUGGGUGUCCAUCAUUAUUAUCUAUACCAUUAAUUGGUUUUAGGGCCCUUGUAUUUGUAACUGUCAACUUUGUUUUCUCACAACUCACUCAACCUGGUUGAUACCCUUUGUGGUAUUAGGUAGGGAUGAGGCACUUACAACAGCAGUUUUUUGUGAUGUUUUGUGUGAUAUGAUGCGAGUCAGUUCCAUUCAUAGUUCCCUAAUUUGGGGAUGAAGGUAACUAUUCCAUUCCAUCAUUUUUGGUUAGCUUUCAAACUGCCCUUCAACAUACUGUAGAUACAUACUGUAUUUAUUUUAAUCAAGGUUGACGUCAUGGCAGUUAGAUAUUGCAUAUUUUUGUGAAGUCAAUUCGGUACUUACUUUUCUAGUGGUUUAUAAAUUUAUUUUUAAAAUUCAAAAUCUUGUAAAGUUUUUUGGAAGAACUGCCAUUUAUGUAUGUGACGUUAGAUACCCAUAUUUUGGAUUGAAACUGUGUGAAGACUGAAUUCUACUUACAUUAUCCUUUUUGUUCCAACAUUGGGCUCUGGACCAGCAAACAAUCUUCCUCCAAUGUACCCACCAUUCCUUCCAUUGUCAAUUUAGAGAGGCUUUGCAGGUUGAUAUUUGCCACUCUUUUAUAGCUUUUGUUUGUGUAGCUUUCAUGCUAGAUUUAAUUUUUAGCAAUUGAUUAGUUAUUGCAGAUACUGAACAUUACACAGAUCUGUAUUUCCAAUGGUUGUGAUCAAACAGUCCCUCCACCAACAUAUUGUGAAACAGCAUUCCAUAUUGUAAUUGAUUAAUGAUAAUUUUCAAUCAAUUUCUUUGAGUAUUGCACAAUAUGUCCAUAACGAUGAAGUUUAGGAAGCUAGAUUUCAGUGGUUUUAAUUAAGUGAAUUCAUUUUUAAUUUGACUUUCUUUAUUUUGUUAAUGUUCUCUUUGUUCUUAUGAACAAAACAAACCUGUCAAAAGCAAUUGAUUCCAACAAGCAAAUCAAUCAAUUUCUAUGAGUUUUGCACAAUGUGUCCACAAUUAUGAAGUCUAGGAAGCUAGAUUUCAGUUGUUUUAUUUAAGUGACUCAUUUUUAAUUUGUUUUUUUGUUGAUUUUUUUAAAUGUUCACAGUGUUCUCAUUUUUUUCUUAUGAACAAAACAAACCUGUCAAUAGCAAUACAGUAUCCUGAUCAAUUUUUAAUGUAGAGGUUGUGCACAUUUUACACUUACUUUGCAAUGUGAUUAUUUUUCUUAUCUUGUCUUUGCUUAUACUUAUAGAUUAAGUUUAGUCUACUUAAUUGGACCAAAUGUAAUUCAAUUUAAUACUCUCAAUGUAAAGGUAGCUAUUAUCCUUUUUUAGUUUGUAAAUUGGGUCGGUUUAAGUCAUUAAGAUCUGAUUUUCUUUUUUACUACAGUAUUUUUAAAAGCAUUUGCACCUGGUAUUUCAUUGAUAUUUUAGCCAUUUUUAAAACGCCUAGUGUAUUACCUUGUCAUUUUGUGUUCAUCGGAUACCUUGUCUCAGGUGUGCCAUUUUAGUCAGUAUCAUCAGUGUUACCAGUUUGGGUGGUAAUCUUCAACUUGAGCUAUUACCAUUCCUCAAAAUUGUAAGGCCAGGGAAGAUAGACUUGAAUGUCGGUGUAUUUUUAUUCUGGUGUGAAUUUUCAGUUAAAUUUCACUUAGUGGUUUUUAAUUAUGAUAAUUUCAGGAGAGUUCAAUUUCCACUCUCUGUAAUGGUUGACGAAUGGCUCUGUCAGACAAAUUGGUAAUCACUGUUACUGCUUAUUUGUGUUAGUAUAUAAGCUUUAACUCUAAGCAAUAACUUUUCUAUUAUUAUCGAAGUAUGACCCCACUUUUUCUCACUGUCUAUCAUCUUAUAAUAUCUUCAGCUAUGUGGGAAAAAGUUAGUUUAUGUAAAAUAUGAAUUAUUUAUUUGAUUCUACUGGCUUCCAUGGCCUUUUGCCAUUGGCCCAGUGCUGUAAAUUUUCUCUACUACAGAGAGUAAUCUUGUCAUGCUGAACAGGACAUUAAUUUGUGAUGUCCAUCAAUUUUGCAGGUAAAAGAAUAACAUAUCAAAUGCAAAUGUUGCACAACUUAAUUCCAAGCUGACUAUCUGUAGUAAUCCAGGGGCAGUACAUUUAAGGUGACUUAGCAAAUUGCAUGGAAGGUCAAAUAAAUAGCCAACUUUUCGUACAUUGACAAAUAA